GCAAGCCGGAGACAGCAAGAUGGCGGCCGCUGAGGAAGGCUGUGGUGUUGGGGCCGAAGCGGACCGGGAAUUGGAGGAGCUUCUGGAAAGUGCUCUUGAUGAUUUCGAUAAAGCCAAACCCUCCCCAGCACCCCCUCCUACCACCACGGCCCCCGAUGCUUCAGGGCCCCAGAAGAGAUCGCCAGGAGACACUGCCAAAGAUGCCCUCUUCGCCUCCCAAGAGAAGUUUUUCCAGGAACUAUUCGACAGUGAGCUGGCUUCCCAAGCCACUGCAGAGUUCGAAAAGGCAAUGAAGGAGUUGGCUGAGGAAGAGCCCCACCUGGUGGAGCAGUUCCAAAAGCUCUCAGAGGCUGCUGGAAGAGUGGGCAGUGAUGCAAACUCCCAGCAAGAAUUCACUUCUUGUCUAAAGGAAACAUUAAGUGGCCUAGCCAAAAAUGCCACUGAUCUUCAGAACUCAGGCAUGUCGGAAGAGGAGCUGACCAAGGCCAUGGAGGGUCUGGGCAUGGAUGAAGGGGAUGGGGAAGGGAACAUCCUCCCCAUCAUGCAGAGUAUUAUGCAGAACCUACUAUCCAAGGAUGUGUUGUACCCAUCACUGAAGGAGAUCACAGAAAAGUAUCCAGAGUGGUUGCAGAGUCACCGGGAAUCUCUGCCUCCUGAGCAGUUUGAAAAAUAUCAGGAGCAGCACAAUGUCAUGGGAAAAAUAUGUGAGCAAUUUGAGGCAGAGACACCUACAGACAGUGAGGCUACUCAAAAGUCCCGUUUUGAGACGGUGCUAGAUCUUAUGCAGCAGCUACAGGAUUUGGGUCAUCCUCCAAAAGAGCUGGCUGGGGAGAUGCCUCCUGGCCUCAACUUUGACCUGGAUGCCCUCAAUCUCUCGGGCCCACCAGGUGCCAGUGGUGAACAGUGUCUGAUCAUGUGAGACAACACGUUUUCCUCCCUGAGUCCCAGCCAUGGGAAACAUCUGGAGUCGACAGAACCAUUGGGAACUGAGGCAGGAAUGUCGUCUGCAGGAGCAGUUUGCCCACAGCCCUCCAUAGUCCCAUUCAAAAUUGUGCCAUACUGGCUGAGGCUUUUCCUCUGACUUUCUAGGAAUAGGAUCUGUUCCACAGGCCAUUUCUGUGAGCCCUGCUCAUGUGGUUUCUGCUGCUAGCAAAGAUCAGCUACAUGCCAGGUGAAGGAAGGUAUCCCUUUGGGGGCAUGCACCUUCUUCCCUCCCCCGCAAAUAAUGUUAUAUAUGUCCACACUGAUGUUCACCUUUACUUCCAGGGUCUUUGUGCCUUUUCUCUACUCCUUCUCUUGGAUCUGGGGAGUAGAGGCAGAGUCCUGGGACUCUAUUUCUAUACUUCUCUUGGACAUGGUCUUUGGGAAUGGGAAGAAACUUAGCUUCAUCUAGAGCUGUAGGUCUGUCACCUUGCCCUCUUGCCUUUAGACAGACCAUUCUGAAUUCUCUGAAGGGAAAGGGACUUAGUAUAUGUCAUAGUAGGUUAGAAGAGAAGCCUUUUCCUCCCUCUAGGUGCUGAGUCCUCAACUUCCUGUUCCAGCCUGAGAACUUAAGUUGCUUUCUUUGGUUCUUUCUACAAUGUUAUAUGAUCUGGGUGAACCCAGCCCCUGACUUUACUUUGCCUCCUGCCUGUCAUGUUACCUCCUCUCUUUAAAAUACCCUUCAUUCCUUCAUUACACAGGCUGUGAUAAAGAAGGGCCCAUCCUAUUCCCCCUCAUUUGGUUCAUCCAUCACUUUCACUGACUCCUUCCCUCCCUGGCAAACACAUGAUAGCAAUGUCAAGUCUGACAAAUGAAUGGCUGUUCUACCCAGGUAUGUUCUGACUUAUUUGAAUCUUCUGAUUCCCUUAGAAUCCUUGGUUCAGGAAGGUGCUUGGGAAAGGAGUAGGGGUGCAGCCUAGGUCGCUUUUCCUGCAGUCCCAUGGGGCAGUGUCUAAUAAAUAUUCUGAGUGAGGAGUGUGGCCUGUUUUUCAUCCAGGUCUUUUUCUGAUCUUCCUUGGUUCUGUAAGCUGCAGUGUAGGGAAUUAGGUUAGUUUUAUAUAACAUCCUGCUGACCUCCACCACCACCUCCAUUCCCCAGCUUAGUCUGCACCUCAGUUGGCAAAGGAGACUAGUUAAUUCUCUUUCCUCAUUUUCUCUUGCGUAUUUCAAUCUGAAAAGCCCUUUAAUUGGGAUUAUAUUUUAACUUUUCAUACUAUGAUUAAUGUUAGUAAUGUAUUAUUAACAUAUUUUCUCAAUUAUUUAUCUUUGAGCUGACAUUGCCCUUCUCAGUGGAUCUAUGGACCUUGGCUGCCAUAUGUUUGGUAGAUACCCUGGUCAGCCUAGCUGGCUGUCCUUGUUCACUGGAAAAUAACUCUUGCCAGAACAAUUCACAUUCAUCAUCUGAGUCACUUUGAGCUACUGACCUGUCACUUUCCCCUGGUUUAAAACUUUUCACUCUUUAAAGGUCCCACACAUUCUCUGGCAUUGGAAAGGAAGGAAAUGUUCUAGAGGCCUUAGGCUAUUUGGAAAAGUCCAGCUAUCAUACCUUAUCAGAGCAUGGAAGAACCCAGGUCUGAAUGUGACACUCCUACUCUGUGAUAGGUAGAAAAAGUACAAGGGGACUUGUGAUGAUGGCUAUGUGAUCUGAAUGCCAAAAUUCUCUCCUUAAAUUUCCAGCUAAAAACUGGAAAAGAAUAGAGGAGGGAUAAAUAAAAGGGCUCUGCCCUUUGAAGCUUGCACAUACUGUCCUGCCAGUUUCUUUUCUGGAUUCUGACUCCUGGUAGCCUGACCAAGGCUUUUAAUCCUUGAAUCUAAAAGAUCCCCUAAUGUACUUUAGCUCUGUUCCCAAGACACUCAUUUUCAUUUUUAUUUUGAUUGAACAUAAGCGAGUUGACUUCUAAUUACUCUCUCUUCCAAAAAUACUAUUUGAAUUAUUCUAGGUCUUGUGGAGGGAUAAAACUGGGUACCCUAGGGCAGUCUUUCUUAAACCAUGUGUGUUAUAGAACCAGGUUUUUUGUUUUUACACAUUUAUUCCUUCAUAUAUCAAAACUGACAGGUAUGGAGUUUGUACUGCAUUUGACCCACCCUACAAGAUUUUAUUUUAGCACAGGGGAUUGAACCCAGGGGUACUUAACUGAGUCACUUCCCCAGGCUUUUUAUUUUUUGUUUUGAGACAGGGUCUUGCUAAGUUGCUCAGGACCUAGCUGAGUUUCUGAGGCUGGCUUUGAACUUGAGAUCCUCCUGCUUCAGCCUCCUGAGCCAUUGGGAUUAGAGGCAUGCACCACCAUGCAAUUUUGACAACAUCCAAACUGUCCAAACAGGUUGAAUCCAUUGGUCAUGUACUUGGAUAUCGCAACAAUGUAAAAUGUUUAAAAAUUUUAAACACUAUUAAUUUCUAAUUCCUCAUGCCACAAAUUGAUGGUGGGAGCCUGUUCAUAGACUAACACAAGUCUUCAAACCACCUUUGAGAGGCAUUGCUCUGGGUCCUCUUUACUCUCUUCCUAGACCCUAGUCAAACAUGUAUUUCUAUACUUGUAGUUCUCUCCCAUGUGAGAGUUGCCUUUAGAAAACUUGUUCUGCAGCAAGAAUAUGUCACUGGAAGAACAUCUCACAUUUUUCUAGCCUGCCUUUUCUGCUGCUUAAAAUAACAAUCGCAAAGCUUAGGUUUAAUGAAAUAUUUAUGCUGCUCUCAAGCUUUAUAGAAAGUGCCUCUUUGUUCCAAAAUUCUGUACCUUAGGUAAUAAAUUUGUGAUUGUAUGGAUGACUUCAUGAAUUAAGAAUCAAAUCCAUACAGAAUUUGUAAUAAUAGGGACUUGUUCCUUUAACACUGGAACAUCCUCUUUUUUUUUUUUUUUUUCAUAUAAACCACAGAAUAUAUUUAAUUCAAAUUAAACAUGAAACUAGAAUAACAUUCGGUCCUUAUCAAGUAGCAAUUACAUUGUUUAAAAAAAAAAAAAAAAGACAGUACAUUUCUCUACAUUCUGGCAAUCUGACAAGGCACGAGUCACAUCCAGUUUGAUGAGGUGACAGAUCCAGCAGUCACCAUCAAUGCUCAGGGUUCUGAGGGGACUGGGAAGACACAGACCAGACUUAAUACAAAAUGGUUCUGCAGCAAGUCUGCAGGAGGGGACCUCCCUCCUCACAUAUGAGAGUAAAAGUCCCAAUGGCAAGAAGCAGGCAACUUGCAUAGUUGAGGGUUGUAUUAAACAGGGAGCGCGUUGCUUCUUGUUGGUUCUGAGCUGUGGGGAUGCUGACUGCAUUCACAGCAGUGACAGAAGCUUUCUAUACACCCCUUGGCAGUGAGGCCCGUUCCUCUCUGGAUACUUCUUUGCUUUUGAUUUUUUGGCAUGGUUUCCCUCCCAGGUAAAGAAAGCCAACUUCUUCAAGACCCAGGUCAUUCAGCUUAAAGUGCGGGCCUCCACAUCCUCCCUGGCUGUAGAACAUCCUCUUAAGGCCUCAUGAAGCCAUUAUAAUAUGCUGCCGAGAUGGCUUUUGGGAUCUUGGGGAAAACAGUGGUCUACAUUAAAAAAGCCCAGGCAGCUUUGAGGAAGUGGGCAUUCAAUAAAUGUUAUACAACAAUGAAAAACCUACCCAGCCGACCAUAUUCCUCAGAAAGGCCUGGGUUUCCUUUUUUUCUUUUUUUAAUAUAGUAGGAAAGGCACUGAUGAAGGGCUACCAGCAAUUUUUAAGAACUUUAGAAGUGGUUAUCUAUAGAAUGAGGCUAAUGGAAGAUGUUAAAGAACUGUUUUUCCUUGUAGCAGUGGGAUGAUAGGAUUUUUUAAAGUGUUUUUUUAGUUGUAGAUGGACACAAUACCUAAAUAAGAGAGGUGAAGAACUUGAACAAGAUUGAAGUCAGAAUUCUUUGCUAGUUUCUAAGCCCAUGAUAGUCUUUAGAUUCACAGACUAUCAAUUGAAAGAACUAUUUAGUUAACCAUACACUAGAGCAACUGGGGAUGUAACUCAGUGGUAAAGCCCUUAUCUAGCAUGCAUGAGAAGAAAGAAUAUCCAGAAGAGUUGGAAAACAGGGAUACAUGAUCUGAGUUGACACACACCCAGGAACCCAAAGCACCACAUACUGCCUUCCCUCCUAAUAGCAGCCAGACCCACUCCAUUACAUUAGAAAAAUGUGCAGUCAGGCCUUAAAUGGAAUGCUGACCCAAAUCUGCUUUACAGUGGAUCCAAAAACCCACUUUUAAGCCAAGCACAGUGGUGCAUACCUGUAAUCCCAGUGACUCAGGAGGCUGAGGCAGAAAAAGCAAGUGUUCAAAGCCAGCCUCAGCAAUUUAGCAAGGCCAUAAAUAACUUAAUGAGACCCUGUCUCAAAAAAUAACUACCCAAAACUUUAUGGUCAUUUCCCCAAUUUUCAAAUGUAUAAUCAGAAUGAACAUGUUUAGCAGUUCACAGCAAGGCCAAGUAGAAGCCCCUAAAAUGAGUAAUAAUUGUUGUCAAGAUAAUAAAUAAAAAAUGAUGCUACAUUAUGGAGGAAAUGAUAGAGACUUAAGGAUGUAAAGAUGUCUUCAUCAUAACCUCCUUUAGUUACACCUGUCUGGCCUUUGCAAAAUUUGUAUGGCUUAUGGUGAAAACCAGUGGACAACUGCAAACCUCAGCAAGUAGUAGUCCCAAUUGCAGUGCUGUGUCAGAUGGUUUUCUUUACAGUAGAGAGUAACGCAACCUCUGGUAUAGGUAUAUGACAUUCUAGCACAAGGAUCAGGAGACUAUAAUCCUAUAAGCCAAAUCUGGCCCACUGCCUGUUUUUGUAAAUAAAUGCUUGACAUGCAUCAGUCACCAUUUGCAUAUUAUCUCUGGAUGCUUUUGUGCUACAGUGGCAGAGUAUAGUCGUAAGAGACCAUAUGACCUUCAAAGCCUAAAAUACUAUCCAAAGUUCACAAAUCUCUGAUCUAGUGAAUAUGUUCUCUCAUUACCUUUCAGGAAGAAAGAUUAGAAGCUGUUUGCACUUACCAAGAACAGACAACAGUAUAUAUUUGCUGUUUUAACCUAGAGCUACGUUAGUCUGGUCAAAAAAGACCAGGGCACAGAAGGCUGAGGCAGCAGGAUUGUAGGUUCAGAGUCAGCCUCAGUAACUUAGUGAGGCCCUAAGCAACUUAGCAAGACCUUGUCUCUAAAUAAAAAAUAAAAAGGGCUGGAGGAUGUGACUCAGUGGUUAAGUGCCUGAGUUAAAUCCCUGGUACCACAAAAGGGAUAGGGGUGCAGGGGGACCUGCAGAUUCUGCAAAAUGUCACAUUUGUUUGUUACACUAGGGUUAUGCUAAUCAGGUAUGAAGGGUGUGUUAAUCUAACCUAAUGACCAAGCAGCUCAGGUACUCUUCAAAUUCUUGGUGAGACAUACUCAAGAUGGGAGAUUAGUUCUGCAAAGGUGCAAGGGUCUACCAAAUUGGUGAAGUUUUUAGGAGUCCAUUGAUUUGAAACAUUCUGUUAUAUUCCCUCAAGUAACGUACAGGUUAUCACAGAGCUCUUAACAGUUUUGGAGGCAGUAUAUUCUGUCCUUAGGAAUGCAAGAAAGGAUUCAGCAACAGGUGUAGGGGCAGGACAUGUGACCUGGAAAAUUCCAUGGUAUUAGAGGUAUAUAUGAUAAGAAAAGAUCCUGUGUGGAUUUUCUGGCAAUCCAGACCUCUAGGACAGAGUUUUGCCGUUUGAAAAGCAUCUUCUGGCAGGCUGUUAAGCUCCAGUAGAGAAUCAGUGCCUGGCCAUGAGAUAUUAAGUGACUGACUGUAUGAUCAGUUACCUACAUAACUAGCUGGUUCUUGUCAGAUCAAGUUGUAAAGUUAGGUGAAUACAGCAGCAAUCCAUUUUACAACAGAAAUGAUACAUUCAGGAACAGGCCUAAACAAACUUGAUGACACAAGUUAAAUUGAACAAAGGGCCUUAGCCGCCUUCCUGUGUCAGUUACUUGUGUUGCAUUGACAUCUUUGCUUUAGGGCCUACCUAUGGCCACACAAAAAUUUCUUCAAUGGUCUGAUAGGAGGAAAAAAUUGAGGUCUGAAUGAGCUGGCUGUUGCCUAACAAGCCAAAUAGGGACUGUAGCCUCUUAGUAGCCCCACUCAUGAGUAGCUCUGAAAAGUGAUGAUGAGGGCAAGUCCUUUCAAUGUGUAGGGCAUCAGGCAAUGUAUUUGAUUAUCCCAUUUGGGGAAAAAAGUGGCCUGGGAUAAGAUUCGUGAACUCGUUAAGGUCAAUGUGUUGGUUGGACAGGGCCUUGGUAGGAGCAACACAGGAAAAUGAGUAAAACCAAGACUUGGUGAAGGGCAUUUGGAUGGCUCUGUGAAAAUGGGACCUAUUAAAAUAUUCACCAGCAGAGCACUGCAUAACCAAAUCAACAGGAUUAGUUGUUCAGGACUACCUCAGCUAGCCCAGCACUUGCACAUUGUACUCAUGAAUAGAAUCAUCAGGAUGGCAGAGAUAGAGGCUCUUCAUUGUCCUGUUUGGAUGGACUUCACUCUUACUCAAGACUAAUCUAGCUGCUGCUCUAUCUAAAUCAACGGAUUAUCCAGUUUGUCAGGAACAAAGACCAACACUGAACCCCCAGUUUGGUACUACUCAAGAAUGACCAGCGACUUGGUGGAGUUUAUUACAUUAACUCUUCCAUUUUGGAAAAGCUACAAAUGAAUUCUGAUCAGGACUGAUACGUGUUUUGCUUUGUUUUUCCUGCCUAUAGUACCCCAGCCAGUAACACCAUCCAAGGAGUCAUUGAUAUUUGAUCUGUUGGUAUGGGAUCCAACAUAAUAAUGCCUCAGAACAGGAGACUCACUUAAUGGCAAAGCAGAUGUGCCAGGGGGCAAAUGCCCAUGGUCAUGUGGGCACUGAGAUCCAGUGAUCCUACCAAAUAUCUUUCUAUCCAGAAGGUGCUAGACUGGUAGAGCAGUACAGUGGCCUCUUGAAAGGGCUUUCUUGGUGCUGCAAUGCACCCUUCACAAUGAAAUAUAAACCUUCUUGACCAUAUUAGGGUGUUUUAUCACCAUUUGUCUCUAGAACCAAGAGGUGGAAAUAGGAGUGAACCUGAUCAGUAUCAUUUCCAGUAAUCUGCCUGAGGAACUUGUGCUUCCCAUCUCUGCAACUUUAAGUUCUAAAGGUUUGAAGGCCCUGGUUCCCAGAGAGGGUAUACUUCCAUCAGGCACAUCAUAAGAAUCUCAGUACACUUAAGAUAUGGUUGCCAUUUGGAUAACUUUAGGCUUCUAAUACCACUGUCUAAGAUAAUUGAGUCUUCAUUACAAGGACGGGGGAAUGCUGGUAUAUAAUGGGGCAAAGAAGAAAGUGUAUGAUAUAUGUGUUCCCUGGUAUAUCUCUUAGGUCUAAACCCAUUCUGGGUUUUAAAUGUAAAUGGGUAAGUAAACACGGUCUAUAAAGGGCACAAUCACCAGAAGCUCAACCCUCAGGGAUGAGUCUGGGGUCUCCCCGCCAGGUAAGCCACUGAGACGAAAAGAAGUGCUGGUCCAGGGGGAGAUUAAACUAGAAUGGGUGGCAGAGAACGGAAAGGUGGAAUAACAUUUAUAGCUUCAGGACCAAUUGCAGCAACUCCUCUGAAGUGUUCCCAGAAAUUGUGAGGAACAGGAAUCCUGGAUAGCUGGGCGUGGUGGUGCGUGCCUAUAAUCCCAGCAGGUUAGGAGGCUGAGGCAAAAGGAUUGCAAGUUCAAAGCCUCAGCAACUUAGCAAGACCCUGUCUCAAAAUUUAAAAAAAUUUUUAAAAGGCUGGGGAUGAACCUCAGCAGUCAAAGAGCCGUGGGUUCAAUCCCUAGUUAAAAAAAAAAAGCCCGGGGAUAGAGCUCAGUAAUAGGGUGCCCCAAGAUCAAUCCUCAGCACCCACCCCCCACACAAAUUAA